AUGGACCCUCAAUUGGAUUAUUUUGUUGAUUAUAUCAAUUUGCGGAAUAUCCGCUUCCCGCUACCCCUUGCAUUCACGCCAGAUGCUUGGAAUCGGCCCAAGAAGCCACAGCCGGCUGUGAUCUCACUCCGUGUUGCCGUUCCAAGAUCUUUGAUCAAAGUGGCUUCGGAAGUCGAUGAUACCCCUUCUACCUUGAACUACAGCGCUCUAUACCGUAGGCUAGAGAGCGCGAUACGUACAAGGGUUGCAAGCGCCACUGCUCCGGAUGCCGGCGAAGAUGGCAAUUUAUAUCUAGGAGGUCUAAUAGACUUGUGUGAAGAGGCUGCGAGGGCGGAGCAGGAUGAGCUACUCUCUCGGUAUGGGAUGGAGCGGGCGGAAUGUUUGAGCGUGGAGACGGUUUUGUAUUUCCCAAAAGCUGUAUUACGGGCGGCUGGGGGAUUGAGGUGUGUGGGUUCUAGCACUGGGCGUGGCCGGGAAAAAAGGGAGUGUACGAUUGAAAAUAUACGGUGCUACUGUAUUAUCGGCAUCAACGAGCAUGAGAGGCUCGAGAAACAGGCUGUUGAUAUCACGUUGGUUUUCAACUUACGGGAGGGCAGACCGGAUACAUCCACUCUCCUUCAAAGGGAUUAUCCGAGGAUUGCGAGGAGCGUUGCAGAUGCGGUCGACGCGUCGGCUUUCAAGACGGUCGAGGCUCUCGCAACGGAGGUCGCUCGGAUAGUCAUUGUCGAUUUCCACUUUGCUGAGCUGACGGUCCGGGCCGAAAAGCCGAGCGCGUUGGCUUUUGUGGAACAUUCGGGCGUGGAGAUGACAAGGACUGCCGACUACUUUGCCAUUGAGAAGAAAGGGCAUGAAACAUCCAUGGAGGGAUAG